CGGAGCGGCGGGUCUGAGCUGGCCGUCCCGCCCUCCGCCCACGCUCCCCUGCUUCCGCUCUCUCUUCCUCCUGUGGCCUUUCCUCUCUCCUUUCUCCGCCGUCCCCCCUUCUUUGGUUCACCCCGCGUCGGUCCUCCACCUCACCUUUCGAGCUGGCCGCCGCUUGCUGUGCGUUUCCCGUAAGAGCUGCGCGUGGCCCGCGGUUUCGGGGGACUGGACCUUCCCUGGCUUUUAGCAGCGCCGAGCCCCGACCGUCUGUCUGCUGGUCAGGGACCGAAUCCGGGAGGGCUGGGUGGGCUCCGUGCAGCCGCCUGCCUGGACAGGAUGUUUGCUAGAGGGCUGAAGAGGAAAUAUGGUGACCAGGAAGAAGGAGUAGAGGGUUUUGGCACUGUCCCUUCCUAUAGCCUGCAGCGACAGUCACUCCUGGACAUGUCCCUUGUCAAGCUCCAGCUCUGUCACAUGCUAGUGGAACCCAAUCUCUGCCGCUCGGUCCUCAUCGCCAACACAGUCCGGCAGAUCCAGGAGGAAAUGAGCCAGGAUGGUGUGUGGCAUGGGAUGGCACCCCAGAAUGUAGAACGGGCACCAAUUGAGCGCCUGGUGUCCACAGAGAUCCUGUGUCGUACAGUGAGGGGAGCUGAGGAAGAGCACCCUGCUUCUGAACUGGAAGAUGCUCCCUUGCAAAACUCAGUUUCUGAGCUCCCCAUCGUUGGCUCAGCACCAGGGCAAAGGAACCCUCAGAGCAGCCUCUGGGAGAUGGACAGCCCACAAGAAAACAGGGGAAGCUUUCAGAAGUCACUGGACCAGAUAUUUGAGACCCUGGAGAACAAAAACUCCAGCUCAGUGGAGGAACUCUUCUCAGAUGUGGACAGCUCCUACUAUGACCUGGACACCGUGCUAACAGGAAUGAUGAGUGGGACCAAGUCCAGUCUCUGCAAUGGCCUUGAGAGCUUUGCUGCAGCCGCCCCUCCUCCCAGUUCCACCUGCAAGUCUGACCUGGCUGAGCUGGACCAUGUGGUAGAGAUUCUGGUGGAGACCUGAGAGGCCACCCCAGUGGGCCAAGGGCGAGGAGCUCACAUGUGUUGUGACCCAGAGANAAGACAAGCACUUGUCCUGAGAGGGGNUCUGGCUCUUGAGCCAGGGUCCCCACCUCUGUCUGACCAUGAAAAUAUCCUGGACAGAUUUUCCUCUGCAAGGAUUGCAGCCCUGGAGCUGCUGCCUUAGGGCUAGUUCCCUGGGGAGGACAGAACAGAUGCCAUCUCAAGGAACUGAGCUCUCUGAAGGCUUCUGGGCCCUGGGCUCAUUAUCCUGUUUGUGUGACGUUGGAAUCACUGUGGAGGGUGGUGUGUCACAGCUAUGUCUAGUCUAUUUUAAAUUAGAUAGGUGAACUUUCUAAAAUUAAGUUUUAUAUGUUUUGGGCAAUAUUUUGUCUGAAGAUAUAUUUU